AUGAACGCGCGAGUUUCUUGUACUCAGCGCAAACAUGGUCACUUCAUGAAAGACGGCAAGCUUGACGCGUUCGCACGCUCGCCAGCGACAUCAAACCGAAAACAGCGCAACAUGGCUUUUCAACCACCAACCGCACGGCAAGAGCUUCAGAACCGCAAGAUCAUCGAAGAGCUUCAACAGAAGAAGCAGCUGCUCCUCAAGCAGGGCCAAGUGAACGCAAGCCCACCGGCGCUGCCUUCCGCGACGACCGCCAAUGCGACGGAUGCCCAUGCGCUGACCACUUCGCAGAGGACAGCACUUCAACACGCACAUUCCAGUUCCGUCGGUUUCUUCAUACCCCAGGACUCUUCUUUUGGCAACCUAAUACUGCCCGUAUUGCCGCGGUUCGACAAGUGACAGUCGCUCGCUAGCACAACCUUCAGGACAAGUGUUUGCUUUUGAACGGCUUCUUUAUUGUCUGGGAUUGGAAUGCAACAUCACACAUAACUGAUAAACACAUGUGCUGCAGCGUUGCCUGUUCAUUCCGCCGUGGCACUGCAGCAGAGAUUUAACUUUUUGGCACUCCUUGCUUGAGUGUGCUCGAAAACAGCAUAGUCAUCAUGCUCCAUACUCAAAUGCUCCUCGACUCUAAUCUCCUUUUCAGCUGCACCCAAAUAAAAGUAAUCGCCGCUCUUCAGUAAUGCUUCUCGCCGAUUCACAAGUUUUUUUGUAACAGCACUUCCAGGACCUGCUCAAAGACAUUAAUGUGGAGGGGUGUUUUUCAAGCAACUCCUCACAACAGGAAUUGCCGAGAAGUGUUGCUGAAUCAUAGCUAAAUUGGUCGGAGGAGCGCAGAGUCGAGGUUGUUUGUGAAUCUAGGAAAGUAAUAGCUUUCCUGUGACUAGCGAGCGAGAGUGUUCACUGCAGCUACACUUAUAAUAGAGUUCCCAAUUUCCUGUGCAUAAUGACCAACCAGUGAGUUGUGCAUCAUAGCCCUCAGCUGCAUCACAAGUCACUGGUGAGUUGCAAACCUUUGCAACUGUCUAGUGAGCCGAUGCUACCAGAUGUGGUCUGGAAAAAAAAAAAAAAAAAACAUUCGCCGCAGUUUUUGCAUGUAUGGUUUCCGCACUGUAGGGAAGGCCUGCAUAUUUAAAGCCACACAAGAGAGGUAACUACUAUGAUAACCCGCCAGUCUACCCAGGUUGCAGUGAACAAUUUCGAAAUGCCUGUAAUGUUAGGCUGUGAGCAUGCGACAGUUUGAUGCACAGUUCAAGCAGUACAAAGUUUACUUUUCUAAAAUAAAGGAAGCUUCCGUGUC